AUGGUAGCAGCCUCAAGCGACGUAUUGAACAGCACAUUCGCCCUGCCGGCGGCUAUUGCUACCGUCAGCGGUACUACUCAAAGCGAAGAAGGCAUUUGGUAAGGCUUUUUUGAGAAAAUAAAUAAUGAAUCAUUUUAAGGAGGUUAAUUUUAUCCGAGUUUUGUUCCAAAGGAACUAAUACGCAACAAGGCAGCGCAGUUCUUAUUCUCGGUAACCAAAUAAGCAAAUUUCAGAAGUUUAUCGACAAUUCAGGUGAUAAUUUGUCCGGAAAAUCUUCCCUGCUCCGUCGUCUUGAAAGAUCAGAUGUCGAAAAACACGGCUCAGCACUGGAAUACCACGUUUUGAGUGUCCAAAACGACGCCAGAGACGCCAGCUACGCCUAUCAGCUCGGAACCGCCGGCCAAGGGGCUCUGGGGCCUGCCGAAGCACUCAGUCUUCCUGUAUGUUCCAUUUUUCUCAAUUAAAGAUUUGAUCCUGUACAAAGUGAUUCCGCGAAACUCAAAAUAGCCAUCAGAGUGGGAAGAAGAUAACUACAUUCUGUAUAUUCAGAAAUAGUUUUGAAUUUGAAGCGCAAAUCACUUUCAACACAGCAUUAGUAAGAAGACAAUAAAUGAAAUGUGAUUCAUUCAGAUUUUUCAGCAAGAAUUUUCAAAUAUCCGUAAAUAACUUCUUUUUUUGCCGAUUCUUGCUUGGCUUUUUGAAGGCUCGUAGGGUAAUUUAUAAAGUUACCGAGACAAAAAAAUUUCCAGAUUUUAGUGUUUUUUUAUAAUUUAUCGAAGAUUUCUGCGAAAUUGAAGCUAAGAUUUUUUUGAGCAAACGGUGGAAAAAAAUUGUAAAAAAACACUCAUGUAUGAAAAGAGAUAAAAAAAAAUCAUUUCAAACUCUUGUUUCUGAUUCAAUUGUCUAGAUUUUGUCAGAAAAUCUUCUGAGACUCAUUAGCAUCUCAACAAUCAGCCUUUUUCCGUUCAGGUUUGGGUUCUGGACGGCGACGAGAAGUUCUCGAGCCUUUUACAGUUCGCCCUGCCCGUCAACCCUCUGAAGACUGUUUGUCUUCUCGUAGCCUCACUCGAUAAUCCAGGUGAGAGACUACCUGUCGCUCCAAUUUCCCGUGUUUGCCUUGAAGGCCUCAUCCACUCCCUCAGACGUUGGGCCAACCUCUGUUCACAGGAAGUUCAGAAGAAGUUCAACAAGGAGACGAUCCACGACGCCAAGAAGCAUCGUUCGUUUUUUUCGCUUAGUCUUUUAUAGAAUCGUUUUCAAAAAAGGUGACAUUUUAUUUUUCCAUUUCAUAUUUUCAUAUGGCUAUAUGUAACUCAUAUUAAGAAAAAAAACGUGUAAAUAUGACGUCAUGAAGUUGGACGCCUUUAAUGAUAUCAAAAGUAUUCAAAGUUUCUGAUUACGUCAUAGUGAAUAUUUUAUGGACGUGACGUCAUAAUCUUCAUUUUUUUUCGUUUUUGUUUGAAGUGACGUCACUGUUUUUGGUUUUUUAUAUAAUUUCGAUGGUCGUAAGCCUGAAGAUUGCAAUAUGAACUACAUACCUCGGCUGUAUCCCACCUCGGGGUGCAGCUUACCCCCCUAAAACUGCAGCCUACCACCCCGACGCACAGCUUUUUGUAUUAACCAUAUUUCUUUGAAGACACCUUCAGUUUUCGUGAAUCAAUCAAUGUUCUCGCAGAAGAACGACAGUGGCAAGAGUACGUCGACCCAGUAGAGUCGUCGAUGAGCACCUCGAUGGUCGGCGGAUUCGUCGAGGAGCCGAAUCUGCUUCCCCUUGAGCAAGGAGUUCUUGCCGAGAGCUGCGGCGUCUAUUUCGUCGUCGUCAUCACCAAAUCCGACCUCGGUAAUUACUGAAUUUUCGAAAGUUCAUUAUUUAUCGAAGGUCGUCGAAUCUCCGAAGAGCGUUUCCUCAAAUUUGGAUCUUUUUACCAAACGAAUGUUCCGAAUUGCAGUAUCCGAGUUGUCCGAGGCUCAAUAUGCAAAGGUGCUGGUGCAGGUUCGCCGACUCUGCUUGCAACUAGGCGCCGCUCUCGUGUUCACGAGUUCGAAGGACUCGAAAAAAAUGUUCAGGUGCUCCAUUUUUUUCAUCAUUCGUUUUUGAGUUUUUUUCUGAGAUUUGUAAAGGAAUGUCGGUAGAAAGUAUUUACUUGCAUAAAAACAAGUGAAAAUCAGCGUACAAAGGUUAAAGUGGGCUCUUUCACUAUUGUAAAAAUAAUGAAACAAGUUUCAAUUUUUUUUUGAAAAAAAAUUGUUAUUUCUGAUCAGUUGAUUGAAUCCUAAAUUUUCGAAAUGAUACAUUUUCGAUUUUUCAAGUUCAAAAAGGAAUUUAAAAAUCGAUUCAAGUGUAGCCAGAAUUUCUGGUUUCUUUGCAGCUGCCUUGAGAAAAAAAAACUUGAAACUUUGCAGCAAAUUAUUUUGGAAAAUGUCAAAAAUAUGCUUCAGGUCUUGA